UGACCAACUGGCUUAAAACCGCGAGUCACAAACCAAAACCACACGGAGCAUCAGCUUCGCAUCCGUUUACUUGAGACUGAAGUGUCCAAAACAAGCCACAAGAACGAUCGACCUCGUCGGACAGUGAUCUACCCCACGUGCCUGAAAAUUCAAGUCUAAAGUUCUGCUCUGAUUUUGAAACGGCCGUACACUCGAAGGAUUUAAGCACAUGCGCAUCGAACGAUCGAAAAUUUGUAAAUCGUGAUGGCUGACUGAGUUUGAUUGUGAUGGUUAACAAAUCCUGGGAAUAAAUCGUGAAUGGAGCACUAGCUGAGUAGAUCUAGUGCUAUAUAGAACAACACACAGCCAAGUUGAGCACGGCCAUCAAAUAUGAAUGCCAGCACAGCAGCAUGGAAGUGGCUGCAAAUAUCAUCAUUUCUCUUUUGUAUUGGAACUUCUAUCUCAUCCAGUACUAGAACACUUUAUCAAAGCUGUUUAGAUUGUAUAACUUUCCCUCAAAGUACAGAGUAUAGUAUUAUAGAUGCAAAACAGAUAUUUAUUGAUGAUGAACAGAACAAAAUAAUUGUAGCUACUAGAGGGACUGUGUUAAGACUCACUGCUACAUCCCUAAGAUUAUCAUCACCAUCUGAAGAUAUUGUGGAUCUUAAACCUAAAGACAGUGCAAUACAGCGGUGUAUGCAGAUGGGGAAGUCACAGGCUGUUUGCCAUAACUUUUUCAAACUGCUUUUACUGGAUACAAAUCAGAGACUCUUUGCAUGUGGGACAAAUGCUGCAAACCCUACCUGUUGGAGAUUCAAUAGGACAGCGUCUUUAUCACCACUUCCUCCCACUGGCAUUGAAGGGGAGACAAGAAGCCCAGAGCUCCCAGACCAGGAUGUGACUGGUGUAUUUGUCUCUCAACCAGACAAUGGGGAAUACUUGUUCACUGGGAUAAGUAUCAGGUCUGGAACGAGGUCCACCAUCUACAGAACCACAGCCCAGGACUCUAUUAAUAAUUAUUUGGCAACAGAAGGAACUGAAGCCUUCCUUAAAGACGCUCACUUUGUGUCAUCAUACCACAUCCCGGAUGAAUUCAUCUACUUCUUCUUCAGGGAGACUGCCAUUGAAGAAAAGCCAAAGGCUGUUUAUUCAAGAGUGGGAAGAGUCUGCUCUUAUGACUCAGGAGGCUUGUUUGUGCUGAGCAAGAAGUUCACAUCAUUCACAAAAUCAAGAAUUGAGUGUGCAUCUCCUGGGGAUGUACAGUUUAACUUUGACCUGAUUCAAUCAACUUUCAAGUAUGGGGAUGGCCCUGAAGCUAUUAUUUUUGGUGUGUUCACAACACCCAAGAAUGGGUUAGCUGGCUCUGCAGUGUGUUUGUAUCCCAUGAAGACCAUCCAGUCAGUAUUUGCCUCAAGCUUGUAUCUUGAGGAAAAGACUGUAAACCAAGACCCAGUUAUUAAGGGCUGGGUCACUACAGGCCUGCCGCAGGGCCUGGAAGCUACUCCUGGAAGACCUAAGUGUUCACCAGAUCUGGAUACAAAGCGAUACAGUGUGGAGGUCUUUAAGUUUGCGAAAGAGCACCCAAUUCUUUCAGAUAGCAUCAAACCAACUGACAAAAAGCCCUUAUUCAUCAAACAGGGAGUUAGAUUUACCCAGAUGGUGGUUGAUAAAGUCUCUAUUGUUGCUGGAUCCACUAUCAAGACAGUCCCUGUCAUGUUUUUAGGAACAGAUAAUGGUACUGUGUACAAGGUUUUCCAAAAUCCCACCUCACAGGAAGUCAGCAUUCUUGAGCAGAGAGAUGUGAUGAAGAAUCAGACACCUAUUUAUCAGAUGAAACUUUAUAAGGAUGCAGUAUUUAUUGGUGGACAUUCAAGUGUGAUCCGAAUGCCAACACAUCACUGUGCCCACUACACCUCGUGCACAACAUGUGUCCUGACACGUGAUCCCUACUGUGGCUGGAGUGAGGACAAGUGUGUGACCAAAGGACAUGCAAACACCAGCUCAUGGAUUCAGGAUAUCAAUUAUGGGGAUUCUGCCUCUGUAUGCCCAAGUGAGCCCCCAAGUUGUGCCAUUGAGGUUAUCAAAGAAAACCCAGGACAAGAAACAAUCCUGGAGUGUAAAGCAGAGGGGAUCCCUGUGCCAGAGGUAGUGGCCUGGGAGAAGGACUCAGUCAAGCUAGCUUAUGAUGGAAAGUACAGAAUCCAGAAGACUGGGUCUCAGGGCUCUCAGAGGCUCUCCAUCUCUCCAUUUGGAGUGAAACACCUUGGGACAUACACUUGCCAAGUUCAAAGUACUAUGGGUAAAGCGGAUUGUUCACUAGAGGUCAAAGGUUCCUUGCCUGCGGUUACAUCUGGGUUUACCAAGCAUGCACUAAAGACCUACUUCUCCUGUACCGCCAAGGGCACCCCCCUGCCUAGCAUAUCCAUGUACAAGGUGUCAGGAGGGGUCAGCCAGCUCCUUCCUGGCAAUAAUGUGUCCAUAGAGCAGGACAUGGGGUUAAGGGCAUACUAUUGUGUCGCGCAGAAUGCGUUUGGACCUGCUGUUGGUAGGAACUACACUAUUGAAGAUCGCAAGCUGAAGGUGGGGAUCCGUAUCACAAGUGAGACGUGGUCAAAUGACCUUGGUGACAUGACAAGCAUCGCAUACAGCACCCUAGCAGCCCAAGUGUCAAGUGCUGUGUCAACAGUCUACCAUAAGUACCCAGCAUUCAUCAGGACUACUGAGAUAACAUUCCGGUCAGGUAGUGUUGUGUGCGAAAUGCGACUUCAGUUUGCCACGGAUCCCUUGGACAAACACCAGGAGCUACUAAGUGACCUUCAACAAGCUGUUGACGAUGGAAAGUUGGUGUCCUUCACAGUGGACAGCAAACACAGGCUGUACAACUACAACACGAAAGAGAACUUCAGUAAAGCAUCAACAGGUCAGCCUACUUUGAUCUUGUUUACAGGACCCACUGGUGGAUAUAGAGAGUCAGCCGUGGGAGUUGACAGCGGACUUUUUGUGGUCGCCGUCAUGGUAGCCAUUCUCAUCAGCAUCAUUAUUGGUUUCCUUCUUGGUGUAAAGUUUCACCAGCGAGCUCUUAACACGUGUGGAAAGAAGCCAGAACCUGACGACAUAGAUGCCACACCCUCUAACAAACACAAGAACGUCACUCACUUGAAGUACACUAAAUCUCCUCCUAAACUAAUCCACGAGGAUGAAACAGAAUAUCAGGGCACACGGCAGACACUACUGCGGCGUGGACCUGAUGGGGCGGAGGCAACAAAAGCAGAAGAAGAAUCAUCUGACAUUGAGUGUGAUAGUGACACUUCAACUGCGGGUAGGAUAGAUUAUAGAGCAUCUUCACCGAGCUCGCAGGGAAAUGGUCGGCUCCCGACAGAGUCAGCUAUUUAAAGGAGAUCUGUGAAACAGAGAUGCAAUGCGUUGUUUUGCAGCUUGAUGAUGACCAUGUGCCGCUGUUAAAAAGCAGCGUAUGCUGCUCAUCCAACAGUGCAAGUGUUGCAAAGGUGAAGGACGUGUGCAAUGGAAUGGAAAAUAUGUUGCUUUUACCAGAAGGGCAAUCUGAAAAGAUGGUUUCCUUUGAAUAAGUAAGAUAUGUUGCUUAUUCAGACAUUGUUACAAGCUGUCUAAGAGCUUCAGGAACAUGGUAUAAAACUUUGGAUCAAUGUUGUUUCCGAAGAAUCAGAAAGAAUGAUUCUCUCCUGCCCAGUCGUCCUUAGCGUCUUGAAUCCCUCGAGACUGACACUAAGGACGGCUACGCAGCAGACUUAGAGCAAAUGGUUCAACUAAAUUUCUUAAAUUUUAUCUUCGGAAAUUCUGUGUUAUUAUAGUAUGUGACAUAGAGUUAAAAGUCAAUUUUAAAGACCGUUGGAGUUUUUUCACAGCAACAGUAAGUGAAACCAUCAAUUGAGUUACAUAUUAUGCAUUAACGUACAUCCACUCUAUAGCAAGCCAGCGGGAUCCAUCUUGUACAAACUGUUGUUUGUUUAUGUGCCAUACAUACACAUAAAAAAGUAUUUUUAUUUUGUGAAGAAUUGUACAGAGAAUAAUUAUGUUUUUAAGAUUUUGAUUAGCAAUAGUUUGCUUGCAAUUAAGCUUUUAAUGGCUUUAGUUAAUUUGCUGUAAACAGUUAGGAAUAAAGAUUGUGAGAUGUUUAAAAUCAACAUGAAAUAAACAAUGAAGUACUUUG